GUGAGUGCUGAAACCAUGCGCUCUCUCGCGCUCGGUCUGUCGCUCGCGCUCUUGAGCGCGUUUCUCCGCUGCACCGCCUCCGAGUUCUCCUCCUCCUCCUCCUCCUCCUCCUCUUCCUCCUCCAAAUCCGACCUGGAGUACGAGUUCGGAGAUUACCGGGGAAAAUGGUGCAUCGACGAUCACGGCUUCGUGUAUAACAUCGGGGAGCUCUAUUACCCGGGGCGCUCCGCGUGCCCGUGCACCUGCACCGUGGACGGACCGGUGUGCGUGCGACCCAAGUGCCCGCGCAUCCACCCGCGCUGCACGCGCAUCAAGUACAAGUCGUGCUGUCCGGUGUGUGAGGCCAUCAGCAAGGUGUGUGUGUACAGAGGCAAAACAUACCGGCUGUUCCAGGAGUUCCGGUUAUCUCGGUGUGAGAAGUGUCGCUGUGAGCCCAGUGGUGAAGUGUACUGCAGCAUCUCGGACUGUCCGGCUCUGCACUGUGUAAACCCUACGUACGAACCCAAACACUGCUGCCCUGUGUGUAGGAGCGGUCCAAACUGCUUCGCAGGGAACCGCAUCAUUCCGGCUGGAGAGCGAGUGGAGGUGGACGAAUGGACUGUCUGUUUCUGUACCUACAGAGACGGAACCUGGCAAACGCACCCGCACGCCACUUGUGAACAGCGCCAGCGGCCAGACGAAGACGUGUUCAAGCAGAUGGAGGAGCAGGAGAUGGAGAGAGAGAAGGAGAGAGAGCAGCAGAGAGAAAGAGAGCGCUUGCCCAGGUUGGAUGCUAUCCCAUGAUGGCUUGCGCAUCCACAGCCUGGAGGAACACAACCUGCACUGUACCGAGUGCCAACGCUGACCUCUUCCACCCCCUCCAGACCCAAGACGUCCAUCCGGUCCAAAACACUUCACUGAUGACAUUCUGGGAUUCAUUUACACUCCCAGGAAACAUGGUGUGCCAUGUUAAAAAUGUUUCUAAGAUACCAAACUUG